AUGUUGGGGCGGUGCUGCAGGCAGGCUCCCAGUUGGUAUUCGAGGAGAGUCAGGCAGCUGAAGACCGUGGGAGAGGAUGGGCUAGGAUGGAAUCAGGCGGUGAGGAAGAAGGCGGUGGUGGAGAAGGCGGUGGUGGAGAAGGCGGUGGUGGAGAAGGCGGUGGUGGAGACGGCGGCGGUGGAGACGGCGAUGGUGGUGAUGGAGGAGGAGGAGGAGGCGGUGGUAGUGGAGGCCCAUACGGCAUGA